AUGGUGGUGCCAUGCCGGUUCCACGUGAGCCAAGAGAUGCUUUACAACUGCAUGGCAUCCGUCGCUAACGGUGCGGGGCAGAGACCUUCAAGGCGUCUCGACCCAGUCGAGGUGCUCAUCAAGCUCAAGAUGUGUGACAAGAACGAGUACGAGCACUUCACUGGCAAAGUCAGGCUCAAGCAUUCGCCGAAGCCAUGUUUCCGGGUCUGUAUCAUCGGCGGUGAGCAAGAUAUUCAAGAGGCUGUGGCCAACCAGUUGGAUUUCUUGGACUUGCCGACACUAAAAGAAAUCGGCAAGGACCCCGCAGUAGCCCGAGUUCUUGCUAAGAAGUACGACGCUUUCUUGGUGUCGAGGCCUCUACUCAGCCAGUUUAACGCCCACUUGGGCUACGCUGUGGUAGGCGAGCACAAGGUGCCCAUCGGCUUGUCACCCAACCAGCCCAUGAUGGCCAAGAUCAAGGAGGUCGAGAACACAACCAAGAUUCGCAUGAAGCAUAAAAAGCUCGUGGUCGCCGUGGGCCACGUGAACAUGCCGCCCGAACAUUUGGUGGAUAACGUGAACCGGGUCAUGGCCCACCUGAAACGCUUGCUCAAGGAAAACCCUAAGGACGUCCACACGUUUCACAUCAAAAGCCGCUCGGGGCCCACCGUGAAGCUCUGCUGA